UUCUCUUGGACAUUUACUUUUUAAUCUUUUGGUAUUUUUGCCAUUGAGUACGGCAAUUGAACAUACAAUUGGCACCAUUGAAUAUUCUUAUGUGUUGAUCACAGUUUUUACCGUACUUUCGGGUUCUCUUUAUUUGUUGGGUUCGUUGAUUUUCCAAUACAAAGAACUUGGAAUAGGAGGAUUGAGUACUUGGGUAUUUGGUGUUGUAGUAUGGGAAAGCAGGGAAUUGGCUGGAA